GCAGUUUAUUUGGUGCAGGAUUCUUUUUGAGGAGCUUUGUACAGUUCUCGAGUAUGGCAGAAGCAGUAUUGAUCGAUUUCUUUGGUUUGAAAUUGAACUCUCAGAGUAAUUGUGUGCUACUAAAAACAUUGAAAGCUGUGCAAUACCUCCAUGCCACAAAUGCCAAAGUCCUUUGCAUAAUGCAUUGCCAUAAUCUCAGAUGUGAAAAUAAUGGUGAACAUGAUGAUAAUAAAAAUGAAAUUAUUAAUAGUUUACCAAUCUUUCCAGUGGGAUUUGAGGUUAUAAGUAAUUCCAGUAUGGCUGCUACCUUAUAUAUAAUUAAGCAAAAACUUGAUGAAAAAAAUUUGACUAGUAUUAAAAUAAUGACCACACUGCAGAGGAAAGCACUAAUGAAAGUUUUUAUUCAUCAACUCUUCACUGAUGUUUACCAUUUUGAGUUUGAAGAUUUACUGCUAGAUUUGGGAGAAAGUCAUAUAAAAGACUCUAUUGAAAUAAAUACUAUUACAAACCAAGAAUUAGAAGAAAUCCAGAAUGAUAUCAAAACAUAUUUGAGAAGUCUGCCAGGACUGAAGGGGGAGCUCACCAUUCUCACAUCUUCCUUUAUCCCAGAUAUUUUCAUACAUGGCUUCACUACCAGGACAGGUGGGAUAUCUUACAUACCCACUCUCAGUUCUUGCAACCUCUUCAGUAGUACUAAGCGUAGAGAUCCCAAGGCUGUCAUUCAAGAAAAUCUGCGAAGAUUGGCUCAAGCGGCAGGCUUUGACCCUGAAAAAUUUCACCGUAUAAAGACUGAUCAUGCUAAUGGUGUCUGGAUAAUGGGUAGAAAGGAGCCUGAUUCUUAUGAUGGACUAACAACCAACCAAAGAGGUGUUACCAUAGCAGCUCUUGGUGCAGACUGUAUACCUUUGAUUUUUGCGGAUCCUGUUAAAAAAGCAUGUGGUGUCGCUCAUUCAGGAUGGAAGGGUACUUUGUUAGGAGUUGCUAUGGCUACUGUCAAUGCUAUGGUAGCGGAAUAUGGCUGUCGCCUGGAAGAUAUUCGUGUUGUAAUGGGCCCUUCAGUAGGACCUUGUUGUUUUACUCUUCCGAGAGAAUCAGCACAGGCUUUUUAUAAUCUUGAUCCUCAAUGUGUAAGACUAAUUGAUUCACCAAAUCCCUACGUUGAUCUACGUAGAGCCACUAGGAUUCUUUUAGAACGCGGAGGAAUUCUUCCUCAGAAUAUUCAAGGUGAUUUUAAAUCUGAUCAGAAUCAAAAUCUUGACCUUUGUACAUCUUGUCAUCCCGAGAUGUUCUUCUCUCAUGUCCGGGAUGGCAUUAAUUUUGGGUCACAAAUGGGCUUCAUAUUAAUUAGAGAGUAAAUAUGAUACAGGCCUGAAUGCUUGCCUGGAUUGUUUUUUGGCCGCCUAUAAGACCGAUUGCAGUAUUCCAGUGGUCCUGGGAUCUCAUCAAUGUGAAUAUUCUUUCCAGUGAUAUAGAUUAUAACCCCUUCAUGUCUAUUCUUCUUGGGGUUUUAAUCCUUAUAUUCCCAUAAAUUUAUGAUGAGGCACCUGAUAGAUGUUCUUCUGGGUAUUAUAUAGAUAACCGUAUAGCAUGUAGACUAUCGAUUAGUUAUCCCUCCUUUUUGCCAUGCCAAUUUUUUUUCAGUAUAUAUAUAUAUACUUCUCUGAUAAUUCCUGCAUUCCCUUUCUCUUGUAUAAUUCCUUAUUUGUGAAGUGUCAGAUUGCCUUUGCACGCCAGGUCCUUCUCCAUUUCUCUUUUCCUUGUAUGAUGCUCUAUUGUAAUUCCUUGGAGAAUAUAGCAUUUCGUAACUCAUAACCUUAUACAUAACCAGAAAAUGAACUUUUUUGUUGCAGAAAGAAAUUUGGGGUCAUUUAAAAAAAACUUGGCUAUUUCCCAAAGUGAAUCUAGCCCUGACCUCCCUUCAUACUCUUCAGUUCUGGGCCCAAGUCAUUUUCUGUUUAUGGUGUUUGUCCAAGGUAUAUACUGAGGAAGAUUCUCUCUAGGUCGUCAUUCAACUUCAUCUCAUGAUUUAGAUAAUAAUAGGCCUUCAUUUGAGUUUUUCCUCUAUUGAUUGUUAUAACAUAUUCUUUUAAAUGAUUAUGGCUUUUAUGUAGGAGGCUUUGUCAUGUUCUACUAUUUGAUUCACCCAGCCCUAUGUAAUCUCCAAAUGAGCAUCUCCAGAAACUAAUCAUCUGUAGAGAAUCCAUCUACAUCUUUGACUCUGUUAGAUCUCCUCUAUGACAGUUAGUAUAUUUGUCAAGAACAGGUUUUUCCGUGUUUUAUGACUCAUCUGAUAUUUAUAAUAAGAGUUGUUGACAAAAUUAUCUCUUACAUCUUAUGUAUAUUUAUCUUAUGUAUGUAAGGGAAAUAAAUUGUUUGUUGGAAGAGUCUUUAAGGUACUGUUUGCUUAUUGGAAUUAAAUGUGUUAACUGUAUUAAAUGUUUAUACUCAAGAUAGUAAAUUCAGUGGAAUCUUGUAUUCUCUUUACCUUUUAGUCAAUUGUGAUAAUGUAAAUGUUUCCUGUGGAAUAUUAUUUGUUAAAUAAAAUAAUAAAUAAAUAAAUAAAUAAACAAACAAACAAACAAA